AUGGCAGACUCCUCCGAAUCCCUUACCUAUGCCAAGUUACCUCGCAACACGGUCAACCGCUAUGGGAAACCGCGUGGUAGGUACGACGCCGAGAUGAUCAACACCAUCGUCAACACCAGCCAAGUCCUGCACGUCUCCUUCCCCGUGCCAGACGACCCCUUCCCAGCCAUGCUGCCUAUGCUCGGCUUCGUAGGCUCCUACGCCGAUGCGUCGCUCACGCUCUCUGAUCCCCUGGAUCUCUACCUCCACGGCUACAUCUCCUCGCGGCUGAUGCGUCUGGGCAAGAGCGCUUCCGUCUCCCAAAAAGAAAAAGGCAAAGGGCAAGAGGAAGAAAAAAAGGAAGAGGGAGAAGGAGCGGGAGAGGGAGAAGGAGAAGAGCACGAGCCCAGCCUCCCCCUAACCAUCGCCGCCACCCACCUCGACGGCCUCGUCCUAGCCCUGACGCCCAACCACCACAGCUACAACUACCGCAGCGCCGUCAUCCACGGACACGCCGUCGCCGUCGCCGACCCGGCCGAGAAGCUCUGGGCCAUGGAGCACAUCACCAACGGCGUCGUCCCGGAGCGGUGGGCGCACGCCCGCGUCCCGCCCACGCGGACCGAGAUGACGAGCACGCAGAUCCUGCGCGUGCGCAUCGUCGACGCGAGCGCGAAGGUGCGGGCUGGCCCGCCGGGCGACGAUCGCAGGGAUAUGCGGGAUGGGGAGCUGAGAGCGAGGACGUGGAUCGGGGUCGUGCCGACGUGGAUGUGCUAUGGGGAGCCGGUGGCGAGUCCGGAGAAUAGGUGUGGAGAGGUUCCGGAGCAUAUCUCGAGCUUUGUGAGGAGGGAGAAUGAGGCUGGUGAGAGGAACGCGCUGGCUGCUGCUAAGGGGGAUUAA